AUGUCGGCUAAACGUGGACGAAAAGCUAAGGUCGCACCAACUAUUGAACCUACUGAACCUAGUGCUAAUGUUACUCUCAACUUUACCUUGGAAGAUGUAGCAAACCUCAUCACUGACCGCAUGAAUGCGAUAAUGCCAAAUCUUGCUACUCAAGUUGCUCAAAUCCUGGAAAUCCCACUAACUGAAGGUACUAGAACUACCAGAGCCACCAGAGUUACUCAGAAUAAGAGAACUCAAGAAGAACCUGAACAGAACCAGGAAGUGAACAGUGAUUCUAAUGGUGCUAGUCAGAUCAACACUCGAGCUACCACCGAAGGCAGAGCCACCCGAAGCAGAGGGUGUCUAUUCAAGACCUUCACUCAGUGCAAACACCCAAUCUACACAGGGGAGAAAGGAGCUGCAGAACUGUUGAUGUGGUUCGAGAAUAUGGAAGAAGCCCUGUACCACACUGAAACUUCUGAGGAUAAGAUGGUGGAGCACGCGACCAGCCAAUUCGAUGGAGCUGCUAGGUCCUGGUGGACUGGCAUCGUCACCAUUAUUGGCAAGAAGUCCGCUUAUGCUUACACCUGGGAAGAACUUCAGAAGAUGAUGAGAGCUGAAUUCUGUACAAAGGAUGCAUUGCAAGAAUUGGAACAAGAAUUUUGGGAUCUGAAGAUGGAAGGUUUGGAGAUUGAGAAGUAUAUUUUGAGGUUCAAUGAGCUCUCCAGACUUGUACCACAUUUAGCUUCUACUGAAGAGAAGAGAAUUGAUCGUUUCAUUUGGGGCUUGAUUCCAGAGAUUCGCCGUGACCUCACUAGUAAAGGCCCUAAGACCAUGUCAAGAGCAACUGUGCUGGCUAAGACCUUGACCAAAUACAUAAUCAGAUCAGGAGGAACAACCCACCGCCAGUCAACAGGAAUCCACCAGUCAGAAAUCUUCAAACCUCCACUACCACCUGCUGCCCCAGUUCAAAGGAACCAGAACCAGAACGCCCAAGUUCAGCGUGUUGCUUAUCCACGCGGGCCAAGGAACCAGAACCAGCAGAACAAUCAGCAACAGCAAAACCAGCAAGGCCUAGCCAACGCCCGUGUUUUUGCUUUGAACGCUGAGGAAGCUCGUCAGAACCCUCGGGUUGUGACAGGUACCUUUCUUCUGAACGAUCAUUAUGCUUCUGUACUAUUUGACUCCGGUGCUGAACGUAGCUUUGUUGCAUUAGACUUUAAAGCUAAGACUGACAUGAUAACUGGCAAACUAAAUGACAAAUAUGUGGUAGAGUAUGCAAAUGGCCAAAAGUACGGUACCAACGAAAUUGCUCUAGAUUGUCCUUUGACCUUAGUAGACAAGAACUUUACAAUUGAUUUAAUCCCUGUCGAGAUUAGUAGCUUUGACAUUAUCACGGGAAUGGAUUGGUUAUCCAAACACCACGCGACUAUUUGUUGCCACGAGAAAUCAGUUCAUUUACCGCUCCAGAACGGCGAGAUCUUAAUGGUGCAAGGCGACAAGUCCACGAACGAACUUAAGAUCGUCACAGCCAUGAAAUUCUGUAAGUACUUGGACAAGAAAGAUCAUCUAGUGUACCUAGCUCACGUCAUCGAUAAAAGUGCUAAAGAAAAGAAAGUUCAAGACAUCCCCAUUGUACGGGACUUUCCAGAUGUCUUUCCUGACGACUUACCAGGUAUCCCACCUGUUAGACAAGUCGAGUUCAAUAUUGAUCUAGUUCCCAGUGCAGCACCAGUCGCUAAAGCACCUUCAUCUCCUUGGGGAGCACCAAUCUUAUUCGUCAAGAAGAAAGAUGGCUCCAUGAGAAUGUGCAUAGACUAUCGUGAACUGAACAAAUUAACCGUUAAGAACCGGUAUCCCCUACCUCGCAUAGACGAUCUGUUUGAUCAAUUGCAAGGUGCUUCGUACUUCUCUAAAAUUGAUCUACGUUUGGGUUAUUACCAGAUCCCUGUUCAGGAUGGUGACGUCCCAAAAACAGCUUUUCGUACUCGUUAUGGUCAUUACGAAUUUCUCGUUAUGCCAUUUGGUCUGACUAAUGCUCCAGCGAUCUUUAUGGACUUAAUGAACCGUGUCUGUCGUCCAUUCUUAGACAAAUUUGUCAUAAUGUUCAUCGACGACAUACUCGUUUACUCUCAAAAAAACACUGAUCAUGAACAACAUUUACAAUCCAUUCUUCAGCUCCUUCGCGAUGAGAAGUUGUACGCUAAGUUCUCUAAGUGCGAGUUCUGGCUUCGUCAAGUACAGUUCCUUGGCCACGUCGUAGACGAACAAGGCAUUCAUGUCGACCCGGCCAAGAUUGAAGCAAUUAAAAAGUGGGAGGCUCCGAAAGCUCCUACUGAAGUUCGUAGUUUCCUUGGACUGGCUGGCUAUUAUCGUCGUUUUAUUGAGAACUUCUCUAAAAUCGCACUACCCUUGACUCAACUGACUCAAAAGACCAGAGACUUUAUUUGGGGUGAACAAUAA